CCUGUCUGCUUCAAUUCUAGAAGCAUUUUCGGUUUGCAUUUUGCAGAAAUAAUAGAAAAUUUUGCAUGAACUGUCUUGAGUACCACCGUCAUGUGAAGGCGGACAUCUUGGAAGAUUGCAUUAUACAAACAGUUCAUUUCGUCAAAACAUUGGAAUUGGAAUGAUUGGCCGGGCGGUCCCAUCUGGGAGAAAUGUCAUCCCUCUUCGGACCUAAAAAUCAUCAAAUUCGUAGAAAAUGCCAAGUGAUAGAAUAUAGAAAUGUCGUAUUAGAAGAGAGGCAGUUACAGAGACGGAACUCUACUGGCUUGUAGUAGGCAAUGGCCAAAGAUCCCUUGUGGUGUGAAGACUGUGGAAAGAGCCAUGUAGGGGAAUGUCCAGUGCAUGGUUCCUUGACGCGUGUUAGAGACAAAGUGAUCCCAUCCCAUGCUCGUCUUACGCUUCCACAUCAUAUGGUCUUAAAAGAGUUGGAGCUUCGAACUGGAAAUCAACAAAUUCUUGGUGUAUUUGCACGAAAGCUAAUCCAGAGGCGAACUCAAUUUGGCCCCUUCAUUGCACCCCGGUCUCUUACAAAGGUUGAAACAAACAACAACGAUACUCACAGGCCUUGUUAUAAGAUAUUCCAAGAUAAUUUACAGCAGGCGAUCCUUGACACAAGUUGCGAGGAUGUUUGUAAUUGGAUGAUGUUCGUCAGGCCUGCUGAGGAAUAUUUUGAACAGAAUGUUGUAGCUUACCAAUGGAAUAAUGACGUUUACUUUACAACAUCCAAGCCCAUUCCACCACAUACAGAAUUGAAAGUCUGGUACGCUGCAGAGUACGCCAAUAAAAUGCAGACAAAGCUUCUGUACAACCCGCUUAGUACAACAAAAACAGAAUCCCCUCAGGUAUCAGUAAUGCAGUCGUCAUCCCAGGCUGGUGGAAGUCACUUAUCAACACCAGAAUAUGACUUCACCGACGUCACAGAGAAUCCUCAAGAAGAAUUUAAACCAGAUUUAUCGAUGCUACAGUCUUCUUCAAAUCUGAAUGAUCCUCAGGCAUCUUCGAGUUUACAACCCACCACGCUAUCUGACCCAUGGAAAUGCUCAACAUGUAAUAGGGGAUUCAGUACCUUCUCUUUACUUGAAGUACAUACAUGUGAGACAGGGAAACCACGCCGUGGACGAAAACCCAAAUCAAAGAAAAUGACAGGGGCACAAACAAGCUCCAGUAAUCCACGAGACGGACCAUUAACACGGGCAGGUAAACAGAUGAUUGUGCUAAAGACUGGGAAAGAGAAGUUGAUUGGGCGACAUGGAAAAGGUCGUAAGCAUAAGGAACAAGUAACUUUUUCGUGUGAUCAAUGCUCAAAAAUCUUCCUGAAUAUGGAGAAAUUAAAAACCCACAGUUAUAUGCACUCAGGGGAACGUCCAUUUAUUUGCACAAAGCCUGAUUGUAAAAAGGCAUUUAUUUCAAGUUAUAAAUUAUCUCGACAUAUGGCAACCCAUUCACCGGAAAAGACCCAUCAUUGCCAAUACUGCGACAAGAAAUUUCACCGCAAAGAUCACUUGAAAAACCAUCUGCAAACACAUGAUCCUAAUAAGGAGUCAUUUCACUGUGAGAAUUGUAGCAAGGUGUAUAACACUAAACCAGGUUUUAAAAAACAUAUAGCAAUGCAUGCCGCUGAUGCUGGUGAACUUACUUGUAAAGUGUGUGAUAGAGACUUUGAAAAUACCGACGUGCUUAUAGAACACAUUAAGGUACACUCGGGUAAGAGUAAUGGCGCAAAGGAAAAAAAGCACAAAUGUGAUGAUUGCGAUCGUAAAUUCUACACACGCAAAGAUGUGCGAAGACACAUGGUAGUACAUACGGGUCAGAAAAACUUUCUUUGUCAAACUUGCGGUCAAAGGUUUGGACGUAAGGACCAUUUGGUGAGACACACUCGCAAGAGUCAUAAUGGAGAGCAAUUCGGGAUGAAGAUGGGUGAACAUUUACGGGCAGUUGGCACGGCAACUGUUCAUCAGAUACUUCAGCAGCAUCUCGAUGAACUUGCUCCGCUACCGAUGUCAGACUUUGUGCCAAAUGCACCAUCCUCUCUAGGGCAACCGCCCCCAAAUGAUGUGGACCUAAUAAAGGUUCCACCGGUCCCUCACAUAAGAUCACAUGGCCGUGUGAUGGUGGAACGAUCACAGACAGAUGUACGAAUAUCACCAAAGAUUGGUUCUAACAUGAAAGAGUCGCCUGCCGGCAUGUCAAUGGACAUGGGUAUGAUGGACACGGGUCGAGAUAACAAAGAUAUGCAAGAUUUAACUGACACGCUGAAUCCCAAUAGUUAUGAUCUCGGUCGGUUGUUAGGAUUUCUUCCGAUUAAUCAGCCGAUGCAACAAACUGCUAACCCCCCUCACACGGCAUCCGCAUCAAUGCCGAUGAAGCAGUCCCCAAGUGCAUUACCUCAGUCUUCAGCGUACGUGACACAGUCGGAACUACCUCAUUCGCAGCCUAUGACGAUGCCUAACCAAGGAAUUCAAUCACAGACGGUUCGCUACCCCUCUGCACAGAGUGGUAUGAGCCAGGGUCAAUAUAACCAACCAAUGAUUCAAGGGCUUCCGCGCUUUCACCAAGCAUUUCAGUGAUUAUGUUGAUCAUAGUUAUUUUUAGAGUAAAGCAUCUGUAUAGAGUUUCCAUAAGAACAAUGUUGGAUACACUCUACAAUUUGGUUAUAUUAAGGUUUGUAGAGUGCGCCCUCUAGUGUCCUUUUGUAGAGUGUACCCUCUAAACACAAGAUAACGUUCUCUGCGAUUUCUGUCUGCAAAUUCUGUAAUAACGCAGUGUACUGCACCCUCUUGUAAAUUACUUUUGAACUUGACCGCUUUGACCAGAACAUACACCGCGCGACUUUACCUUUACGCGUAACAAUCAGAAGUGUCGAUUUAUAAUGCAUGCUCUCUUCUCAAUUAAGGAACAAAAACGCACUUGGUAACAAACUUUGGUGUGACGCGAACACCUUCCACGGCAAUAUCUAGGGCGCCCUCUUCCAAGAGUGAUUACUUUUCUGCCAAAUCGAUGCUUCUAUUUUGUUACGCGUAAAUUGGGGAGAAUGCUAUCUUGUGUUUAUCUUAGUAAUAAAUCUAUACUGAGGUUAAAUGCUUAAACAACUAUAAUGUUCUUCCAGGUAUUUAUUGAUUGAUUGAUUGAUUGACAAGUGAUAGUACUGAGCAACAGUAAUUCCAAACCUGUUUUUGUUCAUAUAAUUUCAUUUUCAUUUUAAAAAUUUAUUAUAUAUCGAGGGAAAUGAAUGUUGUUGGUAUAGUAUAGGUAACAAACCACAAACGAGGGUGUCCUAUACAUCAGCUGUCAUGUGCAAUUUUCGAAAGUCAGGUGAUUUGGUUGUGAACCAUUCUUAGCAACGCUGAAAAUUAUAUAAUUAUUGGUGCCAAUGUGUAUGUGUUUAUUGGAAUAUUAUACAGAAACAUUUUUUACUAAGUAAUAAUUAUAAUCUGUAUUAUACUCUUUUUUGUUAAUCAAUUUUGGUAUUAUAUAAAUAUAUAUAUAGAUAUAUACUCAAUGAAUAUUAAAGCCUUGUGGUUGAACAUAAAUUAACAUUUAAUUAAAAAACUAAUCCAAAUAUAGAUAUAGUUAGAUUUUAGAAAAUAUAUACAAUUUAUGAUUAUUAGUAUGUUUUUAUUUUGUCAUUUAAAUUAUAAUCGUAUUUGCAAGUAAUAACGUUAAUGUAUAUAACUAUAAGAGUGUGUGAGGGGUUUUGUGGGACAGGGAAACUAUGUGUUAUGGUGUCUCAGGUGUGGGUGGGUAUCUGUGGGGGUAGGUGUGUGUGUGUGUGUGUGUGUGGGUGGGUGUACAAAUGAAAUCUGUGAUCAAUUUUAUUAGUUCCUUAUCGUUUUUUGCGUUUUUAACUUUAAUUUAUAACUACCCACUUUAAGUGAAACAUAAAUAAUUAUCACAGUAUGCAUUAAUAUAUAUUAUAUACUUCAAAUUCAAUAAUGAAAACCAUAAUACUAAUAUUUUUUUUGCCCUUUAAUUUCAUUAUAUUUAUUAUACUUUUUGUUAUUUAAUUUUUCUUAAAGAAGUUAAGCCAAAAAUACCUCGUGUGUGGUGAUGUAAUCCUAUAAAUAGAAAAUGUGUUAUACGGAAAUUUGUGACUAUUAAAAUAGAUUUUGAGUUAACUUUACUUGUUAAAUAAAAUACCCCUGCUAGUAAAAACCCGAUUAAUUAUUACUUUUUGUUUUAUUUUAAUGAAUAUAAAUCAUUGAUGCAAAUGUUGCAUAAUACAGCCGUCUGUGUCAUCAUAGCUUUACUUUAUCGGUGCCUUUUUAAUACAUUUAAAAAAUAAUGUUUUGUCAUUCAAAUCAUGAUGUGAUAUCUAUAUGUUUAAUUGAGAGCAUUUUAAUUUUUAAUAUUCAUUGAAAUAACAUUAAUACAAAAGAUUUUAAUAACUGUUUUAUGAGUGUUUGCAACAAAGAUAGCUUGAGAUAAUGGUACAAUGGCAGCGCCCUCUAUUUGUUAAAAUGACCCUCUUGUAUUUUUCCUCAUUUUAUUAUUAUCAUCUUCUACCUCUUACAUCUGUGCAAUUUAGCUUUGGAAAACCUUUGUAUGUAGCAACAUCUUCUUAGGGCUUAAUAACAAUUAGAUUUGAUUCAAUCAAAAUGAUGAUCAUAAGUCUAAUUUGUAAAUAUUCGUUUUCUGUACAACUCUUUGCUGUAUCAAUACAUCUAAAACUGUAAUUGUUUUUCUUUUACUACAUGUGGUUUCAUUUACAUCUCUUACUAUGUUAAUCAUUGCUUGUUCUGUGCAACUUCUAACAUCUAGCCAAGAAUUGUUUUGAAUGAAAUUCAGUUAAUACUAUUGUGAUGUUUUUAAAUUACUGUAAUACCCCAGCAAAUAGUCUCACCAAUUACUUGGGAAAAAAGCUAUGUAAUGCUUCCUAUAGAAAGUGAGACUUACAGAUUUGUUUAAUAUUAGUCAUGAUAAAACAACCUUUACAGUUCCCUAUAUCGUAAGUAUCACUAUGAAGCUUAUGGAGUGAAGUUGUAUUUUUCAUAAUGAUAAAAAAAAAGUCCCUUUCUCUUAAAAAAUAACUCCAAUUUCAUCUGAUUGUAUUUUUAGAUCAACAAAAACAAAAAAUAAAUUUGAGUAAUGAUGUUAUCAUGUUAUCUCCAAAUCCCUUUGAUCCAUCCUAAUCCCUUUAAUCCAUUCAUAAUCUAAAUCACAGGUUCAUCGCUAUUUCCUCUUCUACCCUCUGUACCUGAGUAUCAUUAAGCAAGAUGAUGUUAUAUUAAUCUUAUUCAUAUAAUGAUAUCGUAUUUCAAAGUUAAUAUUUAAAGCAUAAGCAAAAUAUAAUGAAACCCUCAUAAGCUGUAAUAUCACAUCAUGCAAACUAAAUAAUAUUUAAAAUUAAUUUCAAAAAGUUAAAUGUUGCAUAUAAUAAAUUUAUUGCUUGAGUCUAAAAACACAUAAACAUUGUUUAAUAGCUAAUAAAAAAUUUCAAUGGUAUUUAGUAUAUAUCUAAAGAUUGUGAAUUGUAACAAAAAUAUCAAUAAAUAGGAACUAUACAUUUUAUUAAGCUCAAACCUUGUAGCUGAAAAUUUCUCCUUGUAUAAACAAGUUUUCAAAAUUUGCUGGAUUGACUGUUCACCACCAACUUAACUCAUCCCAUAAUUUUAGCGGGAUAUGGGUGUCUCUUUGACUAGUUUUCCCUGCUUCACAGAAAAAAAAAAAAAAAAAAAA